AAGCCAGCAAGGGCUUGGGAUCUCCUAUCUAGGGCCUGAAGCCCUUAUGAUUCCUCUCACCACACUCCAGAAUAAUACUCCUCUCUCCACUGAAUUCCCAGAGAUCAAUUUUUGAUGGUUCCCUGAGGGAUUCAUGCCAGAGAGUUGCCCUUCCUGCAACCCCAACCGCCACCCCAAUGAAUCUUUUUUUAUCUGCGGAGUCCGGGCCUGGAGCCAGGUGAGACCAGAACCUCCAUUUCAGGGGCUUUCUCUAGAAUCCGUCGCUGUGGUUACCUCCAGUAUAAUCUGUUUCAGGAAGAGGUCUGACCAAACCGGACAGCGGUGCCAUUCAUCACUGCAGGAGGGCAGAAUCCGGGGCUGGGGGCCACACGUCGAGAGGGGAGGGGCCAGGGGGCGGCCCCCUUGUGACCAGCCCUGAGGAGAGGUCAGGAGAGAACGUUGGCUGAGGAGCGCCUGUACAGCAGCAGCUGCUGACGUUCUGUAUCACGCGCCUGUGGCCCAAGUCGCAGCUCCAUUCCAGACCUUUCUUCUCAGGCCGGGCGGUGAGCUGAUGGCCCAAGUUCGGGAAACUUCCUUGUCUUCCAGCUCUUUGGUCCGCUAGAGCUCGGGCGGUGGGGGAGGAGCCUCGCCCGAGGAGGCGGCUGAAAAGGCGGGGAAAAUGGAGAAGGAGGCGGUGGGGGAGGCAAAGAUGUGUUCAGGCCAGGGAGCUGAGGAGGUGAAGCUGGAGCCUUUACAAGAGCGUAAGCCUGCUUCGGAGGAGAACUUGACGUGGAGUGACAGCGGCGGCGAUAAGGAGGUGCUCCCUUCAACCCCACCUCGCUGUUACAGCAGCUCUUCGCCCCUUUGCCCGCGCCGCAAGCCCCGCCCUCGGCCCCAGCCCCGGGUCCGGGCCCGAGCCCUGCCCGGGCCCUCGGCCCCACCCCAGCCUCCAGCCCAUCCUCCCAGUCAGCUUCUGACCCGGCCCCAGUCCUGGCGCAGAUCGCGGCGUAGAUCCCGGCCUGGGUCUAGGCCCCAGAAGCUGCAAAGCUGUUCUCCUGACCUAGGUGGCUCUGCGGAUCGAGGUGGCCUAGGGGACUGGUUGCUGGAGGUGGAGUUUGAUCAGGGUCCUACAGGCUGCUCUCAUGUGGAGAGCUUUAAAGUGGCUAAGAACUGGAGGAAGAACCUGCGGUUGAUCUACCAGCGUUUCGUUUGGAGUGGGACCCCAGAAACUAGGAAACGUAAGGCAAAGUCGUGCUUCUGUCAUGUAUGUAGUACCCAUAUGAACAGACUCCACUCUUGUCUCUCCUGUGUCUUUUUUGGCUGCUUUACUGAGAAACAUAUUCACAAACAUGCAGAAACAAAACAGCAUAACUUAGCUGUAGACCUCUAUCAUGGGGUUAUAUAUUGCUUUAUGUGUAAGGAUUAUGUAUAUGACAAAGACAUAGAACAGAUUGCCAAAGAAACAAAAGAGAAAAUUCUGAAAUUACUAACUUCCAUCUCAACAGAUGUUUCUCAACAACAGUGUAUGACAUCAGGUGUUGAAGAGAAACAUUCAACCUGUGAGUCAAAGGAACAGGAGCCAAAAUUGGUGAAACCCAAGAAAAAGAGGAGGAAAAAGUCAGUCUGUACUGUAGGCCUGAGAGGGCUAAUCAAUCUUGGGAACACGUGCUUUAUGAAUUGUAUUGUCCAGGCACUUACCCAUAUUCCUUUAUUGAAAGAUUUCUUUCUCUCUGACAAGCAUAAAUGUGUAAUGACAAGCCCCAGCUUGUGUCUUGUCUGUGAAAUGUCUUCUCUUUUUCAUGCAAUGUACUCUGGGAGCCGAACUCCUCACAUUCCUUAUAAGUUAUUGCAUCUAAUAUGGAUUCAUGCAGAACACUUAGCAGGAUAUAGGCAGCAGGAUGCCCAUGAGUUCCUUAUCGCAAUAUUAGAUGUGCUGCAUAGACACAGCAAAGAUGAUAGUGUUGGGCAGGAGGCCAAUAACCCCAACUGCUGUAACUGCAUCAUAGACCAAAUCUUUACAGGUGGCUUGCAGUCAGAUGUCACAUGUCAAGCUUGCCAUAGUGUCUCUACCACAAUAGACCCAUGCUGGGACAUCAGUUUGGACUUGCCUGGCUCUUGUGCCACAUUCAGUUCCCAGAGUCCAGAGGGAGCUGACAGCACAGUGAGUAGGGAUGACCACAUACCAGGUAUUCCCUCACUCACAGAUUGCCUACAGUGGUUUACAAGGCCAGAGUACCUAGGAAGCAGUGCCAAAAUCAAAUGCAGUAGUUGUCAAAGCUAUCAGGAAUCUACCAAACAACUCACGAUGAAGAAAUUACCUAUCGUGGCCUGUUUUCAUCUCAAGCGAUUUGAACAUGUAGGUAAACAGAGGCGAAAGAUUAAUACUUUUAUCUCCUUUCCCUUGGAGCUGGAUAUGACUCCAUUUUUGGCCUCCACUAAGGACAGCAGAAUGAAGGAAGACCAACCACCAACAGAUUGUACACCCAAUGAGAAUAAGUAUUCCUUGUUUGCAGUGAUUAAUCACCAUGGAACUUUGGAAAGUGGACACUAUACCAGCUUUAUCCGGCAACAAAAGGACCAAUGGUUUAGCUGUGAUGAUGCCAUCAUCACCAAGGCUACCAUUGAGGACUUACUCUACAGUGAAGGGUAUUUACUGUUCUAUCAUAAACAGGGUCUAGAGAAAGAAUAGUCUUACAAGACACUUACCAG